AUGGGCAGCCUGCUGGAACAACUCCCUCCAGAGGUCUACGCCUCCGUCCUCGAUAAUCUCUCACCACGUGAUGUACUACGGCUACGCAAAUCCUCCCGCGCCAUUCUCGACAUGUCCGAAGACUAUGCUACUGCCGCCACAAGAGUAGUUCGCUGCUCCAUCGAACCAACUCAUGCAGCCUGCUGUACCCUGGCCAAGCUGGACAAGUACCGCGAGUGGGACAUUCUGGACGCCCGCAAAGCCCCCAUCAACAGUGAAGAUCUUCUACACGCCGAAAAAGCCAGCGUGGCGUAUCUGGCGCUCAUUAUCCCGGGUCUUCUGAUGCCGUUUGUGGUGCGCAGAGAGAGCCGAAGACAGCUGGAUCGAACGGACCUACAAACGCUCAGAAUAGCCUACAUUCAGUACCGAGACGUGUGGAAGGCCACGGGACAGAGAUACAUUGAAUAUCAGGAAGGAGGACUCAGCAUCCUUAAGGGAUCUACCGUGAGACAGGAUGAAACGUUCAAAACGGUGAAGAUACCACCCCAUCCGGUCCCGAGAAUGCUGGAAAUGAAUCCGCACAUCCCAGACUACUACCAUGCGCAGACUGUGGCUCUCAGGUUCAACUCAGAGCUCAAUAGUCUCGGUGACCUGAUUUUGUUGCAUUCGAAAACAGAACAUAACACAGACGAAAACAUGCUGAGCCAUCUGUUUUGGCAGGAACACAAUUCCGGCAAAAUGUUCUCCAUGCUGACUAUUGUGCACGUGCCUGAACUGGGCAGUAUCAUUCGAGAGGCCUACUUUUGGAACAAUAAGGUGUUUUUGUUCUGCGAAAACUACUUCAUGGAGGCGGAGAUCGUGGGCGCCAAGGGUGCUCGGCUGGUGGUAGACAAGCUUGCUGGAACGUACCACACGGACAUUGCGGCUUCUCAGGACCAUGCCGUGUCUCCCGCUGAUACGCAAGUGAGAUACAUUAGUGAAGGAAAAGUUCUUCUGGGAGACUAUCGAGUGUUGGAUCUAGAUAGACAGACUGUGAGCCAUAGAGAGCCAUGGGUCCCGAGAGACAAGCAGGGAUUUUACGUGGACUUGCCUGUUAGGUAUGGCAAUGAAAGAUUUGCUGCUGGCUAA